CUCUCUCCGCAGGGGCUUCGGCAAACAGGGCUUCCAGUGUCAAGUUUGCUGCUUCGUCGUGCACAAGCGGUGCCAUGAGUUCGUUACCUUCUCCUGCCCCGGUGCUGACAAAGGCCCUGCCUCGGAUGAUCCCCGGAGCAAACACAAAUUUAAAAUCCACACGUACUCCAGCCCCACCUUCUGUGACCACUGCGGGUCGUUGCUCUACGGGCUCAUUCACCAGGGGAUGAAAUGUGACACCUGUAUGAUGAACGUGCACAAGCGCUGCGUGAUGAACGUCCCCAGCCUGUGCGGGACGGACCACACCGAGCGUCGGGGACGGAUAUACAUCAGGGCUGACAUCGAGAAGGACGUGCUCACCGUCGUAGUAAGAGAUGCUAAAAACCUAGUUCCUAUGGAUCCUAAUGGCUUGUCAGAUCCCUACGUGAAGCUUAAACUAAUCCCUGACCCCAAAAAUGAAAGCAAACAGAAGACCAAAACUAUCAAGUGCUCCCUGAAUCCUGAGUGGAACGAGACAUUUAAAUUCCAACUGAAAGAGGCGGACAAAGACAGGCGGUUGUCUGUGGAGAUUUGGGACUGGGAUCUGACCAGCAGGAAUGAUUUCAUGGGCUCCUUGUCCUUCGGGAUUUCUGAGCUGCAGAAGUCAGGAGUCGAUGGAUGGUUUAAGCUGCUGAGCCAGGAGGAGGGGGAGUAUUUCAACGUCCCGGUGCCUCCUGAGGGAGAAGAAGGAAACGAGGAACUGAGGCAGAAAUUUGAGAGAGCCAAGAUUGGAACAGGGUCCAAGGCUGCGGAUGAGAAGACCACAAAUGCCAUUUCUAAAUUCGACAACAACGGGAGCAGAGAUCGGAUGAAACUUUCGGAUUUCAAUUUCCUGAUGGUGCUGGGCAAAGGAAGCUUCGGGAAGGUGAUGCUGGCGGAGAGGAAGGGCACGGACGAGCUCUACGCCGUUAAGAUCUUGAAGAAGGACGUUGUCAUCCAGGACGACGACGUGGAGUGCACGAUGGUUGAAAAGCGCGUCCUGGCUCUCUCCGGGAAGCCGCCGUUCCUGACCCAGCUCCACUCCUGCUUUCAGACGAUGGAUCGCUUGUAUUUUGUGAUGGAGUACGUGAAUGGUGGGGACUUAAUGUACCAGAUCCAGCAGGUUGGGAGGUUUAAGGAGCCACACGCUGUGUUCUACGCAGCAGAAAUAGCCAUUGGCCUCUUCUUCCUGCAGAGCAAAGGCAUCAUUUAUCGAGACCUGAAGCUGGACAACGUGAUGCUGGACAGCGAGGGGCACAUAAAGAUCGCGGACUUCGGCAUGUGCAAGGAGAACAUCUGGGACGGGGUGACCACCAAGACCUUCUGCGGCACUCCGGACUACAUCGCGCCCGAGAUAAUUGCUUACCAGCCCUAUGGGAAGUCCGUGGAUUGGUGGGCAUUUGGAGUCCUGCUCUAUGAAAUGUUAGCUGGCCAGGCUCCCUUUGAGGGGGAAGACGAGGACGAGCUCUUCCAGUCCAUCAUGGAGCACAACGUCGCCUACCCCAAGUCCAUGUCCAAGGAGGCAGUGGCCAUCUGCAAAGGGCUGAUGACCAAGCACCCUGCCAAGCGACUGGGCUGUGGUCCGGAAGGGGAGCGGGACAUCAAGGAGCACGCGUUCUUCCGCUACAUCGACUGGGAUAAGCUGGAGCGCAAGGAGAUCCAGCCCCCCUUCAAGCCAAAGGCUUGUGGACGCAAUGCUGAAAACUUCGACCGGUUUUUCACUCGCCAUCCACCCGUCUUAACACCUCCUGACCAGGAAGUCAUCAGGAACAUUGACCAGUCAGAAUUCGAAGGAUUUUCCUUUGUUAACUCUGAGUUUUUUAAACCUGAAGCCAAGAGCUAAGUAGCUGUGUAGAUCUCAUUCCUGCAUCUCUAUCAUCCAGUCCCAACUGCUGUUGUGGUGACAUUCUCCAUUGCAGAACUUGCAUUUGUGGUUUUUCUUUAGUACCACUACUAGAGUGACCAUAUUUCAAAGCCAGAAAUGUCUUCACGUGGUCUGGGGCGUGCCUGAAGGGUGGGUGAUGUGCGGUGGGCACUGCAAUGUGCUUUUGGGACACUGGAUUUGUAGAAAAUGAAAACGGUUCAUUGGCUAACGGAGAGGUGCAGGCUGUGGCAAUGAGGAGAAAUCUCUCCAGCAUGUGCUUUCUGCUCAUCCCUGUUUCUAGUCUUUUAAUAUAAUCAUGAAAAUUUAAUAUUUAGCCUUCUUAGCCUCAGUGACAAGUAAGUGUUUUUAACGAAACCUUUCCCUGGUGUGAACACGCACCCGCAGUGCGGGUGCUGCCGGCCGAGCCUCUCGGCUCCUCCCAAAGCCCGAAGCCCAGCGCUUGCUCCGAAGAGCUGAAAUGCCAAUUCUGGCUUUUUUGGUAGCUCCGUCCUGCUGCCCCAAGGCCACUGCAGCCCCCCUGGCCGCCGUAGGCUCGUACGUGCGCGGCUUUGGGCCCUUCCCUGCGCCGGGGCUCCAGCAGCAGCCGUAAGGUGCUGGGGCGGCUGGGUCUGCUGUUCGCAAAGAUUUCUCCUGAUUGAGCAGUUUCUAAGCACCGGUUUUUAACUCGGAAGAAGCCCAUCCAGUUGUAAACGGGAAAUUUGAAAGAGCUGUUGCAGAUGCUUUUGAACCCAUGGUCACCCUAGUAAAUACCACACGACAUCGGUUCUCCAUAGCAAAACUUUUUUCUUUCUUUCAAAUGCCAAAGCGAUUGAGUGAGUUAUUACCUGCGCUUUAAAUGUGUCAAAAAAUGGUAUUAACACCAACGGGAUGCUAUUUAACGUUGAACAGUAUUGUGAAUUCUGAUCUGAAGCUUGUAAAGGAGUUUGUUUCGAGGAAUAGUCCUACUUUUAAAAAAAUGCCGCUAGAUAUUUAAAUGGCCUAAAGUUUGUUUCUGGCAUCAAAGAAGAAGUUUUCAGGAAGGAUGAAUUUCUCUUGAAACAGUAACAAUCAUGCAGCUUCCUUUUAUACUAUUCUGCAGAUGUUCGUGGGCUGUCACUGUAUCAAUCUGCUUUAAGUUGUAAUGUGCCAUUUAUUUUUUUUUCCCGAUACUGAUUAUAAAAUAAAAAGUGAGAAAUAAUGUCAAAGAAACCUGCAUGUGUUUGGCAAUAAUGAGUUUCUACAGUUCUGGGCGCAGAGAUGCCGCUCGGGGAUGCCGGCUCGGGGGCCUGGCGGGUCCCCAGAGACACCAGUGCAGGCAGCGACCCACGUCCCAGCGCAGCCUCCUGCACCCCCGGCGGAGCCACGGCCCCUCCGUCCUCUGCAGCGUUUGUCCCCAAACCGAGGUGCCACGUCCUGGGAGCAUCUUCCAAGCAGAGAGUAAACGCCUGCGUGUCCUCCGCGCCAGCUGGGCCGCGCAGCCAGCGACGCCGCUCGCUCGGACGCCAACGGGGCGAGGAGUUUCUCUCCGACGUCCCUCGGAGGAAGGACGGUUCGAGGCGUGAGGACGGCGCUGCCGAGGCGAGCGGAGCUCUGCCGCUUGGGGAUUUCUGAGUGCCCUGAACAGAGACAACUGCGGUAUGCGCUUCGGCUUCCUGCGGACUGCAGAGGCUCUCGACGAGGCAGCGCCGUGUGUCGGUGACUCACCGCCCUGCCUGUGCGCUCUCGGAGGAGCAGCUGUUCAAAGCAAUUGGCAGUUUCAGCUAAAGAGGGAUUACAGGUUCCUGUUAACCUCCCUUCCGAGUGCAUGCAGAAUUUCCCUUCUGCCUUUGGAAAUCCUCUUCUGCUGAAUUGCUGCGGUUCUGAACCCGGCGGGAAGGCACCGAGCGGCAGCGCGGGCAGGAGCUGCUCCCCGGCAUCCUCGUGCGGCCCUGGCACGGGGAGGGGGCUCAGAGGCCGCGGCGGUUCUGGGGGGGAUUCCUGUCCCCUCCUGCACUCCUCUUCACCUCCCAGAGUCCAUUAGCCCUUUGCUGAAAGCAUUUUCAGCCUUGAAUUUCCCCUGCCUCCCCCUCUCUCUGUUUACCAGAUCCAUGUAGCCGUUCCCUGCCUGCUCCCAGGCUAUUCAUCAUCUUUGACAGAGGCCAAAUUGCCACCAAUUUC